GACUUUAAAGAAAGUUAUUUAGUGUCGGCAAAAACGAAACAUGCUACAAAUUUUUCCAUCAGAAUAUUUACAGACUUUUUGCAUGAAAGGGGGAGAGAAACCGAUGUAAUGAAAUACAACAAAACUGAUCUUUGUGAAUGCUUACAGGAUUUCUACAGCAAUGUAAGAACAAAAACGUGGGAACUUUACAAAAAGAACUCUUUGUUAAAUAUACGUCAGGGGAUUUGCAGGUACCUGAAAGAAAACGGAUCAACAAUUGAUAUUAUCAGUGACCCGGGUUUUGGCCCUGCAAACAGCUGUUUUUCGUCCCUUUUAAGAAAAACUAGGGCAGAGGGCAAGGGGGGAGUCGACCACCACCCUGCUAUUUUGGCAGAAGAUAUAAGAAAACUUUAUGAGCAUAAGCUAGCUUUUAAUACUGCUACACCGCAAGGACUUUUAAAUAAAGUAAUUUUUGAAAUUGUGUUAUAUUUCUGCAGAAGAGGACAAGAAAACCUUCAAAAUUUGAAGGUACAUGAUUUCGAAAUCAUGUCAGAAAAUGGAGAACGUUUUGUAAAAAAAACUUAAUUCUGAAAUUUCGAAGAAUCAUCAGGGAACAACAAGCGAGACAGAGAGUUCAGGGGCACGUAUGUACGAAAUAAAAAACUCUCCUCUCUGUCCAGUCAAAUCUUUUGAAAAAUACUUGUCAAAAAGACACUUGGGAAGUGAUCGACUCUUUCUUCAUCCAAAAAACAGCUUCAGUGAUGAGGACAUAGUAUGGUACAGAAAUGAACCAGUAGGUUUGAACAAGUUGAAAAUAUUCAUGAAAAAUUUGUCUAAGAGUGCGGGUUUAACAAAGGAAUACACAAAUCAUUGCAUUCGAUCAACGACAAUUACACUUUUGAACAAUUGUGGAUUUGAAUCCAGGCAUAUUGCAACAAUAAGCGGUCACAGAAAUGAAGCAUCACUUGCUAGCUAUUGCUAUGAUACUUCAGAUCAGCAGAAAAAGGCUAUGUCAGAUGCUAUCAGUGUUUGUGUUGGACAUAAAAUAGAACCUAGUGAAAAAAGUACACCCAAAGAUGCAGGGAAAGCUAUUAAGUCAGGUGAUGGUAAAAGAGGCACUUCAGUUGCAAUCCAAAACACAUAUACAUUGACAGAUACAUGUACUGAGAUGAGUGAUAAUGAUGAUGCAGCACUCCUGAAGUGUGCCAUGGAUAUGGAAAAUAAUUCUAAUCAGCAGGCUGUCAAACCUAUUUUCCAGUUUUCCGGAUGCAAUGUCACAAUUCAGAACCACUAUCAUUAACACUUAAACAAUUAAUUCUGUUACAUAAGGCCCUGUGUAAACUACAUUACUUAGUCACUGUGUGAAGUUAAAUUCAUGAAAAUAAAAUCUUGAAUUUGCA